UCCUUCAGUUCUGUGAAUACGUACGGCGCGUGCAGACGUGUUCUACUUAAAUACAUUUCAUUUGUAUAAACCACGUGCGUUUGUUGAUCUGUACAUUGUAUAGUUCGCUAUAUGUAUAUAUACUUUUAAACUAGUUAUGGAUUUGAGUAAAUAAAUGUUUACCAUUGUCGUGUUACAGUUUAAGUUAAUCGUAAUUGUUAGUUAAAAAGUAUUUUGUGUCUUGUUUUGUUUUGUUUUGUUUUGAAUCGUUAUCAUCGAUACGAGAGCCCCACGCAGCGUAGCGACCGCGAUGCGCGGGCGCUCGCCGCGAUGGCGGUGGCUGGUGGCGGGCGGCGGCGCGCUGCUAGCGAUGGCCGGAGUCGGCGCUGCGCUCGCCUGGUCUCUCAUAUUCGAUUCUGUGUUAGCAUCGCAUCUGGCGUUAGUUCCUAAUUCCCGGUCGUACCAGAGCUGGUUGGCGCCCAAUGUACCACUAUACUUUGAGGUUUACCUCUUCAACUGGACUAAUGCAGACAUGUUCCCGAUGGAGAAACCCAAUUUGGAGCAGUUGGGUCCUUACCGUUUUCUGGAAAAACGACAGCACGUCAACGUUACUUGGCAUCGAAACAACGGGACCCUAGGCUUUAGGACUCUGCAUAGUUGGCAUUUCGACCCCACGAGUAACGGGACCCUUGAAGAUAACAUCACUACCCUCAACGCUAUUGCAGCUUCUGCUGUAUAUCGGUCCAGAUUCUGGGGUUUCUUUCAACAGAAAGGCCUCUCGAUGGGCUUGGCGCUAUUUGGACAACAAAUGGCUGUAUCGAGGCUGGCCGGCGAGUUAUUGUUCGAGGGAUAUGAAGAUCCGCUGUUGGAGUUCGCGAAGACUUUACCACCGAGUACUACAGGUGGCGCUCCGCAAGUGGAUAGAUUUGGUUGGUUUUAUGAGAGAAAUAACUCAUUAGAUAUAGACGGGUAUAUGGAGGUGACGACAGGAGAGCACGGUGGUACGCUGCCAGGACAGAUUGUACGGUGGAACCACAAUUACCGUCUGCCGUACUACAGCGGGAAUUGUGGGCAGCUUUUAGGCAGCGCUGGGGAGUUCAUGCCACGGAAUCUAACUGAAGAGUCCGAGCUGCUAAUGUUCUCACCAGACCUGUGCCGGACAGUUGUCAUGGACUACAUGGAUAGCGGUGUACAUAACGGCCUUCAGUACCACAAAUACGGGAUAACAGCCAGAAGUUUCGAUAAUUCAACAUUUUCAUCAGAGAACACAUGUUUCUGCAACGGUGCGUGCGAGUGGAGCGGGGUCAUGAAUGUCUCCGCCUGCCGGUUUGGGUCGCCGGCGUUCAUCUCUCUCCCGCACUUCUUACACGGAGAUCCUCAGCUCCGGGAUCUCGUAACCGGAAUGGAUCCGGACCCUGAGAAGCAUUCCUUUUAUUUUGCUGUCGAACCGCGCCUGGGUGUUCCAGUGGACGUAUCUGGAAGAUUUCAACUAAAUCUAUAUCUAGAAGCGAACCCACACGUAGCUCUCUACGAGCACGUGCCGAAAAUGCUCUUCCCCAUACUGUGGGUGCAGCAGAGGGUGAUAAUCGACGAUGCCAUAGUGGCUGAGCUGCUAAUGGUGCGUAGCGUGCUGGACUGGGGGGGCAUAGUCUGUGCCGGGGCGGCUCUGGCCUUCGCAAUUAUAGCCACGGUAGCCUCAUGCUGCAGUAACACCAAAAAAAGAAAGUACUCGAAGCCCUGCGAUUUAUUUAAGACAUGUGAUAAGUUAAAGGACGACGCAGAAUUAAAAUUGAAUUCGAUGUGAGAUAUCUAUUUGAGAAACUACUGAAUAAAUCAGCUCCCCCUAUUCUCUAUAACAACAUUGUGUGAAUAUUUUACGAUUAGUAACUGUCAGAAAAUUAUAUUACGAAGCAAAUUUGUUUUUACUUUUCUAUGACAAACAGCGCCAUUUGCGAUAUAGUAGCAAAAGACAACACUAAUUAACAAUAAUUUUAGUUCCUAAAUUGCUCUACAGAGGCAGCACCAAUAAGAUACAAAAUAUCAUGAAUGAAGUUUGGUAAAAUUGCGUGCAAUUUUGCGCGGUCGCAACUGUUUGCUAUUAUAAAGAAUUACUCCCGGUUAAAGUAAAAAAGAAUAACCCCUUAUUUGUAUUAAUAGUAAACAUCUAAUGAACUUAUUAUACCUGUUUGCGUAUUUUAUCUUUUUUUAUUAAGUUAGUUAGAAAGGAAAUGGGCUGUAUGCUUGUUUGCCAACUUUACGGUAUUAAAAAAAAAUAUUAGGAAAAUUAUUUUAAUAUUUAAAACGGUGUGCAAAAAAAUUUUGGCGGGAGAUUUUGCCAGUAGUAGCUACAGUUAGCUCUCUCUCUUUAAGAGCCUUACCUAUAUACAAUUAGAUUACAGACAAAAGAUCUAAAAUGCUCCUUAUGUAAUUAACCUAGGUGAUUGGUUCAUAUUUUUUUUUAAUCAAGAAAAUAUUGUCGACUUAAAAUUUGUAUUUCGAUUUUUGCAAUUUGUUAAAUGAGAUUUUAUAUUUUUUAUAUAAUAAUGUUAAUAAGAAAUAAUGUGAUAAUUUUUAAGUUAUUUUUCGGUAAACAUAAUAUACCAUAAAUCCAAAUAAUACUAAUAAAGCAGAGGACAUUUAUAACGAAAUGCGUCGUGUUCAAUAUUAUUUCUUUAUGUAAUAAUUAAUUUGUGUUCUGUAAAAAAAAACUAAUUUCAAUUAUAGUAAAAAUCAGUUAUAUUUUUCAAAAAUUAAACUAAUAAACUGAUUUAAAUAAAAUUUCUAUUGGACCAAUCUGUUAGUACAUUCAUUCAGAUAUUGUAAAAAUAUAUUUUCUCAAAUCGGUUUACAUCUAACGAUGUUAUGAGGCAACGAAUAUAAAAAUUCAACCGAAUUGAGAACCUCCCUUUUUGAAGUCGGUUAAAAAUUAUACGAAAUGAUUUUAUUUGUUCAUAAUUUCGAAUCUUAAAAUUAUAAAGUUAAGCUAUUUUAAUAUACCUAACAAAUAUAUAUUAAAAUCUGUGUUGGAAUCUUACAAUAUUGUUCAAAAUACAUGUAUGUGAUAACUAUUAAUUAAAACAUUGAGAUUUACCAACAUAAGAUAUAUAUUUUUAAUAUAUAGAUACUAACAGAUGUAAUAUACACGAGGGAGACUUUGUACAAAAGUCGAUUGCUUGAGUACCUCUGUCCCAUUCGUGUUUCAACCGUGAAGCAGUUGUGUUUGCACGGCUGUGUUUCAGUUUGAAGGAAUGGAUAUGGCGUGAAUUUACUGGGUACAGAGGAAUAACACCCGAGUCCACAGGAAUGGCAACGCAUGGGGGGUAUCAUGGGCGAAACAGUAUACUCUGUCAUGUCCAUGGUACUGCUCAUGUCUAUAGGCAACGGUGACCACUUUCCAUCAGGUGGGCCGUCAGCUUGCUUGCCAUUCUAAGUUGUAUAAAAAAAAAGUAGUUAUUUAAGUGCAAAUAAAAUUUCGUAUUAUUAUUCUAUUUAAACCAAAGAUGUUGUCAUAGUUUAAGAUAAUGUAAGAUAAUUAACCUUUAUAUGUAUUUGCGUAAAAUAUACUCAUAAAUGAUUGUGUGUCAAUCUGAAUGUAAAUGGUCAUGGACAAUACAGGGUGUGUAUGGGUUAUGGGAACAAACGUCGUAUGAAAUUGUUAACAAUUUUUGUUAAUAGAAAAAUAAGCUCAUAGACAAGUGGAAUAUAGACAGUCGUUUAUUUUAAAACGUAAGAUUUUCUACAGAUGGACGAUUCCUGUGUAAAUAUUUCGGUGCUUCGAUAGAAGACUGAUUUGAAUUCGAAUCAAAUACCAUGAAAAUAUAUUUAAUUCAUUCAUUUUUUUUUGUCUCUAAAUCAGUGUAUUAUUAUGAGAAAAUAAAUUUUUAAUAUAUGAUGUAUUCUGUUUCAAUUUAACGGGACACUAGAUGGGACAAAGUUAAAUUAGAGUCGUAGCAUUUACUUUUGACUGUAUUUUUGAUAUUAUUAAAUUUUAAGUCCUGAUACACUUAUUACUCGGUAAAAAUAAUAUAAUAAAUAUACAAUGCGUAACAAAAUCCAGCGAAAAAUGGACAAAUAAUAAAUUUACAAUGAGUCGAAAUGGAACGAUUAUUUUGAAGUAGGGGUGGAUAAUAUAAUAUAUAGGAAUAUCUAUGUAUUUUGAUUACAAUACCUAUAUAUUGCCACAAUAACGAAUAUAUUAAAUAUCGAAAUGAAGAACCUAAUCGAAAUAAAUAUAGAUAUUUAUUUAUUUAUUUAUUUACAGGAUUACCAACAUAAGAUACAGCUACAAUAAAGCUAAGUUUUAAUACAAUACACUGGCAGCUCAGAUCUCACCGUUCUUACAUUUAUAGGCAACCACAGCAUGCCUUGUGUUUGACAAACAUUAAAAUAGAAUUAAAUUAUUAAAUGAGUAAAGAUAUUAACAAUAUGAAUAAUAAUAUAAUAUAAAUAAUGGAAAUUGUAUUCAAAUUAUUAUAAAAUAUAAAUAAAUAUAAUGUAAUGGGGAGGUAUAUCAACACUUUAAUUUAGUCAUGAAUACAGAGUGAAUAUUCGACCUAUAUGUACGAUUUCGAAAUAAAUAAUGACUAUUUUUCCGCCAUCAUUAUCGAGAGAUAUUCAAUAUAUAGGUAUCGAAGCGAUACCGAUGUUAACCAUGCCUAUUUUGAAGUAUAGUAAAUAUGCUAAUCAUCGACUUUUAACUACCUCAUCAAAGAUUAUAGUCGUGAGCGCAUUUUCUUAAGUAUAUUUUGUUUUCAUAAGAUGUAUAUGUUAUAUACUUAGGCACCUAUAUAUGAAAUUCCGUAUUACAUAUAUUGUACAAUUUGUUAUGAAAUAUAUGCAUAAUCUAAAACCUUACGAUUGUAGCGACCUCUACGGAAAUAAUAUUCGAAAUAUUCCAUUUUUAAUUUUGAGUGCCAUAGCGAUCCUCUGAGUGCGCGUGCUAGUGUAUAUGUAUAUUUAUUUUAAAAAAUAUACAUAUGAAUAAAAUUAAAAUAAUUAGUUUUCUAACAAGAAUUUAAAGAAAUUCCACAAAUGCUUGAUGGUAUGUUUGUAAUGUAUUAAUGCAUUUUUUAUUUGUAUUGAAAUAUGAGUAGAAUAAAAAAUAUAUUUAAAGAUAACUAGAUGCAUGAUAAUAUCAUAACUCCGAAAUGCUGCAUAGCGUGGCUAUUGUUUAAUGUUAGUAAAUACAUAUGUUUAAAGUAUUAAGUUGAAAAUUAAUUAAAAUUAUUUGAGACCAAUUAGGGUAAGCUGUUGUAUGGAGUUGUAUGUAAGAAUUAGAAAGUCUUUGCCUAUCAUGAGAAAGACAUACGAACCUAACAUAAUGUAAUGUAAGAUAUUGUACGUUCAUAUAUUUUGUUUAUUAUAUAGCUUUAAUUAAAUAAUUAGAUUAAUAAGCUACAUUUUAUCAAUAUAAUAAAUUUGUAACUAAGCGAUGUCUGUACAUGGGAGUUAUUUAAAAAAAAAAAAAAAAAAAUAUAUAUAUAUAUAUAUAUAUAUAUAUAUAUAUAUAUAUAUAUAUAUAUAUAUAUAUAUAUAUCAAGAAUUUUAAUAACUAAUUUAAAAUCUGUUAUAUUUUAUCUUGAUGUGCCUUCUAAAAAUGUUUCACUUCAUUCGUUUUCCUACUUCUGUUAUACCCACGUGUACAAAGUAGCGGACAAAAAGCUAGUUUUUUUUUUUAAUAAUAAGAAAAUUACUCGUAUGUAAACCACCGUGAAUGACAAAUAAUAAAGCCUAUAUAAAUAAUUAUAAUGACAAAUAAAAUAAUAAAUAUUGAUAUAAA